AGGGUACCCAAAUAAUUUAUAUUCAGACAAGUGUGCGCUCUGUCAAGUGAAAUCAAUCUUUCAGACAUUUCAUUUUAACACGUCAAAUGAACUGUUUUCAAUAUUGUUUUAUCUACUUGUUUACAAGAAAAUUUUAACUCUUGAACAAGAUAAAUAGGAAGCCCAUAAUGUUUUAUGAAUUGAAAUCGAAAUGCAUUGGCUUUUGCAUUGCAAGAUUAGUUUAUGUGGGGCAUUGUGACAUUCCUUUUAAUUUUCUAUUCAAACAAUACUUCGAAACUCUGUCAUUUAAUAUGGUGUUUAUUCAGUUAAAUUAAGAACUGUAUCAAACUUUCUAUUUCAAUUUCCGCUGUAAAAUCAAUUAUCGUAAGGGCAGGUAGUGAGAAGUAGAAAUUUUAAAAGCUUUCGCAUAUGAGAUUUAAGCGUAAUUUAUAUAUUUCAUGGGAUUAAACUGUAGAAAUAUUUGAAUUAAUAUUUAGUUAUCUGUAAAUUCUGUAAGUACAUUUUGUGAUAAAUGAACAGAGCGUUUGGCAGUUUGGCUAUAUAACUGCCAUUGUUGACUGUUAAAUGUGACAAUUUACAAAAUGUUGUAAUAUACCGUCAGAAAUUUUUGGAAUUUAUCAAUAAUGAAGACUCGCAGCUAAAUUCAUUUUACCUUUACAAAUAGACAUAAAGUGUUAUGUUUGGAAAUAUGUUGGAACGUAUGAGAACUUUUCCUGACAUGAAGGUUAUUUUGUUGGAUAAUAUCAUCAUAAUACAUGUGACCACCCAAAACAGUGAUACAUCUUUAAAGAGAUGAGCCUAAAUAUGCAUAGUCCUACAAAACACAUCAAGAAAACUUCACAGGAAGAUGAGUUGAAAACAGAAACAAGAAAGAAGAACAUUUUGAUUCUCGUGUUAAACUACCUCAAUGAAGAAGGCUAUUUGGAUUCAGCUCAGGCAUUGGCCCGAGAGACAAAUAUCGAUGUAUCAAAGUUUGAGGUCUGCGAUAACAUAGACUUGGAGACGAUUGUGAUGGAGUAUGAGUCUUACUACUACGUAAAAUUUGCAAAAUACCCCAAAAUAUGCAAAAAACUUACACAGAGCGUUAAUCCAUAUGAGGGAGACAGAAGAACAAAAAUGAACAGAGCAAACAGCAUGCGACAUUCGGCAUCAAGCAGUGCUAUACUCUUACACAGUCAAAAGAAUACAACGCCUUCAUUACCAAGAAUUCCACAGAAUGGCCGACCACCUAGUCCACCUACCAGUUCAAACAGGCCAAAGUCGGGUCAGCAGAUGAAUGGGAGACAGCGUACAGUACAGUCCUCAACUAGAAGGCCGAACGACUCGGCGUCAAAAUCUACACCAACUAUAAUGAAUGGUGUGGCAAACGGCGAUGCUUCGAGUCUAGCGUUACAAGGUUUAACUGUACAGGGCAGUAAUAACAUGGAUAACAAAAUUGUCGAAAGCCCGGCGGAAAGAUUACCAAGGGGGAAGCCAGGACAGAUAAUAGAUAUUCGUGCCAUGUUAAACGAUGCCACUAAAAUAAAUGUAGAGGAAGGGUCGAAUGAUUUUUCAAAUGUUAGUAAUGAUAAAUUGUUGAAACCUCUAGGUGGCUAUGUAGGAUAUAAUGCAGAAUGGAGAGAAUUAGCUCAAAAUAUAAGUAGAGAUAUUUAUUCACAAAACCCAAAUGUGAAAUGGCAUGAUAUUAUAGGUUUAGAUGAAGCAAAGAGAUUAGCAAAAGAAGCUGUAGUUUAUCCAAUAAAGUAUCCUCAAUUGUUUAAAGGAAUCUUGUGUCCAUGGAAAGGUUUAUUACUUUAUGGACCACCAGGAACAGGUAAGACUUUACUGGCCAAAGCCAUAGCAACAGAAUGCAAUACUACAUUCUUCAAUAUUUCCGCAUCCAGUAUUGUCAGUAAAUGGAGAGGCGAUUCAGAAAAACUAGUCAGGGUAUUAUUUGAAAUGGCAAGAUUUCAUGCCCCAUCCACAAUAUUUCUUGAUGAGUUAGAGGCCAUUAUGAGUCAGAGGGGCUCACAAGGGGGAGGAGAACAUGAAGGAAGUCGGCGUAUGAAGACAGAACUUUUAGUACAGAUGGAUGGUCUUGCAAAAACUGAUGAUCUGGUCUUCUUAUUGGCUGCAUCAAAUAUUCCAUGGGAGUUGGAUCAUGCAAUGUUGAGGAGAUUGGAGAAGAGAAUUCUAGUGGACCUGCCAACAUUUGAUGCUAGAAAAGCCAUGUUUAAACAUCAUUUACCGAGAAUUGUGAACCCAAGUGAAGGAGGAUUGGAACUACUGUCAGACCUGGACUAUGAUUUGUUAGCUCUUAAAACAGAAGGAUAUUCUGGGUCAGAUAUACAGUUGGUAUGUAAGGAAGCGGCCAUGAGACCUGUUAGAAAAAUAUUUGAUGCACUUGAAAACCACUCGGAAGGUAAAGAUCUUCACAUACGUCUAGACACAAUAGUUACAACUGAUGUACUCAAGGCAUUAGAGCGCACAAAACCUUCAGGGAAAGCUAUGAAGGACAAAUACGCUGCGUGGCAGAGAGAUUACGAGUCAGUGUGAUACCUAGUCCAACUAGAAAUUGUAGUUAGAUAAUACCGUGUUGACGUUUUAUAUAACCCAUGGUGCACAGCACAUUGUGUCAAUUUUUACUGCUGCAUAAACUAUAUCUCCGUCCAAUUUUCAAGCCGUCCAUUCAUUUGAAGACCAUUACAAGUUAGUUCCGAUACUGUACUUUUCAUCAAUCACUGUCUUUCUACAGUGAUCUCAUUGUUUUUAAUUGUUCAUCUGCUUUUUACCCUGCCACUGAUGUAUAAAUCCAAGUAUCCUAGAUGGUGUCCAGUAUCUAGACCGAAGUCAAAAUGGUUGCCGAUUUCUGAUAAAGGAUGCAUGUAAAAAUUGUAAAAAAAAAUGAUGUGUUCCAAAUAUCAUCAUGUUUAUUCAGAUUUCAGUGAUUUUAAGAAGUAUUAGAAAUAACUUGUUCUGGUGUUAAAUGUGUUAACUUUGUUAUAACUUGUAAGAUUUGUUGUAUUCCUGAAUAAACUAAUUGUUACUUAGUUUUAAAAAAAAAAAAAAGUGUCCCAAAUUUUUCUGGUUGAAUGAUUUCUGUAAAAUUAGAUAUUUUUGCAAGACUUAAAGUUCGCUAUUUUGAAAACAGUUGUUGGUUCGCAUGGUUGAAUAUUUGCAAUAUAUGGCUACAUUGUGACAUAUACACAACUAUUCAUAACAAAAAUAGCAUUUGAUUAAUCCCAGUUACAGACAGUGAAUAUAGUAAAAAAUUAAUCCUGUGCUGAAACUUUUGAUUUUACUGCAAACUGUUAUUUUACUGUAAACUCGCAUGUUUACCAGUAUCUAACUUUUACUUUUAUCUACUUUUAUCUUAUAUACAAUCUAUUCCAAACUUUAUGAAAAUGAACAUGUUGAAAAAUUCACCAAAACUUUGUGCCAGUACCUUAAACAGAGAGUGCCACUUAAUAUUCAACACUGGCUUGAGUUCAUGAGUCACUUCGAUCUUGAUUAAUAAUGAAAUAAAACCAUAGUGAUUAAUAUACAAUCUAUAAAACAAACAAAAAAUAUUUUGAAGAAUUUUACUUGAAAAAGUUGGAAAUGAAUUAUGCAUACUUUUUAUUUUGUCCUACCUUUCCUGUUUAAGAACAAUAGAUUUAAAUUUAUUCCUGAUUAGGGUAUUAAUUUGAGCCAGUAAAUUAUUUAUCUUAUUUUUCAGCAUUAUUGAAGUUUGUAGACUAUAGUAGCAUAUUGUUGUCUUGCUGAAAGUUGUAAAAUGUUUACAACCAACAAAUAGAAAGUUACAGUAUAUGUAGAACAUUUUACAAAAAAAAAGUUAAUAAUUAUCUAUGAACAAACGCUACACGUGUUGUUGUUGAUUUUUCUUGUUUAUUAGAACAUUUUACAGAAUAUUCUUUUCAUGCCAACCUAGCGGUUAACACUAGGUUGUUCAGGAAGUAAAUCACCUUCCCUUUUCACAUGGGGGCGGGAAGGGGGAGAGACCAAGAUACAUGUGCAUGCUAUGAUGUCAUAUGAGGUAAUAUUCUGUACAGAUUUUUUGUGUGCAGUUUAUUAUUUACAUACUCUUUGAUAUGUUGCAUUGACAUUAAAGGUACGCAAAGAAGAUAAUCUUACAUGCCUGAGUAUGUAAGACAUGUUUUCCCUAUCUCAUGGGGUAGCAGCAUGGAUAAGAAACUUCAUUGUUACACUUUGUUUCCCAUUCCCAAUUAAGGCAACCCCAUCUUGCAUAGGCAGGCAUGUAAGAUAAUGAUGAUUAAAUUUUGGUUUUGUAACAUGUUAAAUAGCUUUUGGGAGAAAGCAUUACAAAUAAGCAAUAAAAAUGUUUGACAGUGGAACUUCAUAGAUAUUAAGUAAAAUGUUACUUUUUAGUUCAUAUUGCUCUUUUAACUGAGUACAGGGAAUCAGUACUUUAUAUUGUGCUGACUCUUAAAAAAUUGUGAUAUGAGGUUGUGAUAGAUUUUUUCUACAUUUAUAUUUUCCAGCUUGUGAUCUUCACCUGCUUUUUUUUUUUUAUUUCUGAAAGUUAAAAAAAAAGAGCUUGUUCCAUUUUUUGACUAUUUUCAUAGUACUUAAAAGUUCUUACUGGUAAAUCAAAUCAUUUGAUUUAGAGAAUAUAAUUACUAGGUAUGCCCCAAGAUACUAGGAGAUUGUUGAUUUUCAUAGAGGGCUAAUUUUUCUGGAUAUUAUGGCUUACAAAUUCACAAAUUAAUCUGAAGGAUUUUUUUACUUUAAGAUUUGAAAUUGACAAAUUAGCUGUUUUGACAGAAAUAACCAAAUUUGCUACUCAGAAAAUUAAAUAAUUUCAUAGUACUAAAUGUAACUUAAAUGAAUAUCAUUAACACAACCUACAUUCAAAACUGCCUUUAUAAAAAUGUAGGAAUUUAUAUAUUAUCAUGGCAUUGGGUUUUGUCUGGUUUUAGGUCUGUGAUACAUUUAUUUGUUAUAUUUAAGAAUAUCUAUAAUUUAUUUAAUUUUAAUAUUUCAGCAGUUACCAGUAUACCGGUACAUAUAAAUAGGUACUACUGGCUGAUUCAGUUUCUGUAGCAUUGUUCUUCAGAAAUUUCUUUUUUUCUUUGUUAUUUUUCAAAACUCGAAAUGUACAUUAUACACCUUUCUAUAGAUUCCGUCCAUCUGAAAAUCAAUUCUUUUUGUUAUCAUAAUCAGACCAGUAAAAUAGUACAAUCAUGUAAUUCAUGAAAAAUACUCAAAAUAUUUAUUCAAGGUUGAGGUCAUAAGUAAAUGUAUUUAUUUCAAGUUUAGUGUAAGUUUUAAGAAAAAUGGAGUUACAUUUUCUUCUGUCUCUGUGAAAAAAAAAUUAGUGACAAGUACUAGUAGAGAAGGGGAUCUUGUGCUGAAAUAUUUUCUCUCAAUCUUUUUAUUUUUAGCUCGACUAUUCGAAGAAUAAGUAGAGCUAUCCUACUCACCACGGCGUCGGCGUCGGCGUCACACCUUGGUUAAGUUUUUCGUACCAGUCCACAUUUUGACAAAGUCUUUUGAGAUAAAGCUUUGAAACUUUCAACACUUGUUUACCAUCAUCAUGGUCAGUUAUAGGCAAGGGCACAUAACUCCAUCAAGGAUUUUGGCUGAAUUAUGGCCCCUUUUGACUUAGAAAUCAUGGUUAAGUUUUUCGUACCAGUUCAUAUUUUGACAAAGUCUUUAAAGAUAAAGCUUUGAAACUUUCAACACUUGUUUACCAUCACCAUGGCCAGUUAUAGGCAAGAGUACAUAACUCCAUCAGGGAUUUUGGCUGAAUUAUGGCCCCUUUCGACUUAGAAAUCUUGGUUAAGUUUUUCGUACCAGUUCAUAUUUAGACAAAGUCUUUUGAGAUAAAGCUUUGAAACUUUCAACACUUGUUUACCAUCACCAUGUCCAGUUAUAGGCAAGAGCACAUAACUCCAUAAAGGAUUUUGGCUGAAUUAUGGCCCUUUUUGACUUAGAAAUCUGGGUUAAUAUUUCGUACCAGUUCAUAUUUUGACAAAGUCUUUUGAGAUAAAGCUUUGAAACUUUCAACACCUGUUUACCAUCACCAUGUCCAGUUAUAGGCAAGAGUACAUAACUCCAAGGAUUCUGGCUGAAUUAUGGCCCCUUUUGACUUAGAAAUCUUGGUUAAGUUUUUCGUACCAGUUCAUAUUUUUUUGUAAAGUGUUUGACAUAUGGCUUUGAAACUUUUAUCACUUGUUUAGUAUAAUAGUCUCUAUCUGUAGGAAAGAGAACAUAACUCUGUCAUCUAUUUUGGCUGAAUUAUAUUCCUUUUUGGACUUUGAAAUUGGUUCUGUUUUCAUACAAGUCUAUUUUUUUUGUCAAAACUAUUUGACAUAUGGCUUUUAAACUUCGAACACUUGUUUAUCAUUAUGAUUUCCAUCUGUAGGCAAGAGUACGUAACUAUUUUGACUGAAUUAUGGCCCUUUUUGGACUUUGAAAUUGGCUCAUAUAUUGCCAUUUAGUGCAAGACUUAUCGAAAUCAAAGUAAUACAGGAACAUUGUCUAAUCUAUUAUUUCUUUUGUCUAAAUAUCCGUGGAAAUAUUUUGACCCCAUUCUUCAAUCAAUUCUUCGAAUAGUCGAGCGCGCUGUCAUCAGACAGCUGUUUUCAUUAUAGACUCUGAACAGUUUAAUAUAAGUAGUUAAAAUAUCAUGAUGUUUUAGCUUCAAUUGUAUAAAUAAUGAUUUGAUCCUCAAAAAAAAAAAAUCAGGUACCAUGAAAGACUACUUCCUUACUGCCAUUUUGAAGCUCGAUAUGUCAUUUUUUAUCAGUAUAAAUGAAGUGUAUCUUUCAAAUUUGCAAAUGAUUGCUUGUUUACAAAAAAAAAUUGUUGGCCAGUUUUAUGUUUAUAAGGCUCCUUUUAUUAAAAAAAAAAAUGCUUUUAUUAUGUAAAUUUAUAUGUUUAAAACACAGAGAAGUCAAAUUGAAGACUUUAAGCAGUCAUUCGUUUGUUUAUUUUUUUGUCAGUCAUAUUGAAUACCAAUACAGUGAUUAUGGUUUUCACUAUCAUAGAACAUAUAUAUUUGAUACACUUUUUUCCAUUCAUUUUGUAUAUUCAUGCUUUUUAUUUGUUAGUAUGUUUACUGAAGUUGGUGAUAAAGCCUUGUUAAAUUGUGAAAUAUAAUAUGUACUGAAUGCAA